AUGGGGAACCCGUCCAAGAGCCCGUUCAUGCAGAAACCUGGGUCUUCCGGCAUGUCUCGAAAAGAAACUUCGUUCAGUUGUCUCGAUCUCGACCACGAUGUUACCAGAUCGACCACCUCAAUCACUCGCGAGCAGUAUCAAGCUGUCGUCAACAGUUGUGAUCGAUUCCGAGUGCAGCUUCCCGACAAAGACCAGCCUCAAUUCGAACUUCACUAUCCACCGACACAAGAGCACCCCUACUUCCAGAUCGGAGGUCAAGUCUACAAACAGCCACUUGCUUACACGGAAGCCCGUAGACAAAUGCUGGCGAAGAAUCCCUGGUGGCCGUACUGGUAUCCCUCUCAAUCAUCGUCGCGGCCUGAUCCGCCAUCAGCAAUCAUCAAUCUUGAUCCACAGGGUACACCAGUAUUUAAGGCCGGCAACUCUUCCCAACCAAAUACCGCCACUGCUGAGGACGAGGUCACCGAUGGCAACAUCAGGAAGCGCAAGCACGACUCAUUGCGCUCAGAGGAUGGGUGGAGUGAUUCUGAUGCCGACACCGAGAUGGAAAUGGAUGGCGAUGAUGGGGACGACGGUUGUAGGAAUGAUGACAGCAAGCAGGAGAUGACCGAGGACGGGAAGCGGAGAAAGCUGGGUUGA